AUGACCAACAUGCUGAUAAACUGUGGCAGCAAAUACAACAAGACAAAGAAGGUAAAGAAGAAUAAUGGCGACACCACUUUUGAAAGUUUGACUCGGGCUUGCACCAAACGAGACAGAUGGAAGCCUACCAAGUAUCAGCAAGACAGUACCAAAGUUCCUUUGCUUGUAUUUGGUAGUGGAAUGUUUGGUAAAGAUGAUGUCAAAUUAAAAAGACAUAGAUGUGGUGCUGUUGGCAAACUUUAUAAGUUGCUAAAGAAACAAGAGGCUGAAGGCCAGUUGAUUAUUAUUACAAUCAACGAAUUCAAAACCUCAAAAACACGCAGCCUCUGUUUCUUUAAUGACAUGAAGAUUAUAAAGACAAACCCAUUUAAAGGUGUAGCUGUUGUAUCUUGCAAACAAUGCAACAAAGUAUGGAAAAGAGAUUCUAAUGCAGCCAACAACAUGAUAUUGAUUUCCAAGCCAAUUUGGUCAGGAGAAGGAAGACCAGAUGUCUUCAUACCAAAGAAGAAAUAA